AUGGAAGCAAUAAAGGCUAAACAAGCAGAAGCUCUCACUAAGAGACAAGAGGAAAGAAACAAAGCUUUUAUUCCACCUAAAGAAAAGCCAGUUUUGAAACCUAAGGAAGCUUCUACUGAAAUUAAAAUUGAUGUGGCUGCCAUCAAGGAAAAGGUUAAGAAAGCAAAAAAUAAGAAACUGGGAGCUCUCACAGCUGAAGAAGUUAAGCUUAAAAUGGAAGUAGAUGAAAAGAAAAAGAAGAAAAAGUAA